UCCCCCGCCAUGGCCGAGGCCGCCAUGGCCGCGCUGGUGCCCCCGGACGAGGACGGGGACGAGUGUCUGCCGCAGUACCGGCACCUGCUCAGCCCCGACCUGCUCCAGGGCCAGGUGGCCUUCAUCACCGGCGGCGGCUCCGGCAUCGGCUUCCGCAUCGCCGAGAUCUUCAUGAGGCACGGCUGCCGCACCGUCAUUGCCAGCAGGAACCUGCAGCGGGUGGCCGAGGCCUCAAAGAAGCUGGUGGCAGCCACAGGGCAGCAGUGCCUGCCCCUGUGCAUGGACGUGCGGCAGCCACAGACCAUUGUGGCCGCAGUGGAUGAGGCACUGCAGGAGUUCCAGAGGAUUGACAUCCUCAUCAAUGGUGCUGCAGGGAAUUUCCUGUGCCCAGCCAGUGCCCUGUCCUUCAACGCCUUCAAGACAGUGAUCGACAUCGACACCCUGGGCACCUUCAACACCUCCAAGGUGCUCUUUGAGAAAUAUUUCCGGGACCACGGCGGGGUCAUCGUUAACAUCACGGCCACCCUGAGCUACCGAGGGCAGGCCCUGCAGGUGCACGCUGGGGCUGCCAAGGCUGCCAUAGAUGCCAUGACCCGUCACCUUGCCGUGGAGUGGGGGCCCAACAAGAUCCGUGUGAACAGCCUGGCCCCCGGCCCCAUCACGGGCACCGAGGGCUUCCGACGCCUGGGUGGGAAAUUUGCAGAGAAGUCCAACCAGUUUUCGGCGAUCCCGCUGCAGCGCGCGGGGAACAAGACGGAGAUCGCGCACAGCGCGCUGUACCUGGCCAGCCCCCUCUCGUCCUACGUCACCGGCACCACCCUGGUCGUGGACGGGGGCAGCUGGCUCACCUCCCCCAACAGCUUCUCUGCCUUGCUGGAUGUCUGGGCUGCAGGAGCAAACCAACCCCACUGAUGGACAGCCUGGGACUGACUGACAGAGAGACAGACGUGACCUGGGACACCGUGUGGGGACAUCUCCCAGAGCCAGUGCCGACAGCCACAGCCUCUGGUGGCACUGCCAGCCCUGUGUCUGCCUGGGGGACACAGCUCUGGGGUGCUGGGU